AUGGUGUACAAACUCAGCAAAACUCUCAUAGGCCAUGAGCAGGACGUCAAAGAUGUCGCCACCACCCCGGGUGAUGCGGUGGCGCCCCGCGUGGUCUCCUGCUCCCGGGAUGGUACCAUCCGCGCCUGGAGCCUUCUGGAUCAAUCCCACUCAAUUGUAUUCCAUUCAUCCACAAACUCCUUCAUCAACGCUGUGUGCUGCUUGGACGAUAACUUGGUGGCCAGCGGUGGUAAGGACAACGUUGUGUUCAUCAAUUCGCUCGAUGAGCCCGUCAAUGACGUGGGAAUCUAUAACUUGAUUGGCCACCAGAACAACAUCUGUUCUCUCCACCACCGCCACAACAAGCUCAUUAGCUCUAGUUGGGACGGCACUGCCAAGGUCUGGGACUUGUCGACCUACGAGUGUGUGCUUACUUUGAAGAGUGAUACUGGCAUGUCGGUUUUGGAUGCGGUUAUCGUCGAUGACAAUCGGUACUUGACUUGUUCCGCCGAUAAGUACAUCAGGUUCUGGAACGGCAAUUCGGUGACCCAUAUCUUCAAAGGUCAUACCGAUGUGGUGAGAAAGUUGUUGCUUUUAGGAGAUGGUACGUUCGCCUCUUGUUCGAAUGAUGGAACCAUUAAGAUCUGGUCCUUGGAAGGAACAUUGAUUUCGACUUUACUGGGUCAUGAGUCCUUCAUUUACGAUCUUGUGGCCCUUCCCAACGGAUUGUUGGUUAGUGCAGGCGAGGACCGGUCGGUCAGAAUCUGGAAAGGUCAGGCUCUCCUACAGGCCAUUACUUUACCAUGUAUUUCCAACUGGUGUUUGACAAAUGUAGGCAAUGAUAUUGUGGUGGGCUCUUCCGACAACUCCAUCAGAAUCUUCACCAGCGAUCCAGAGAGAUAUGCCGCCAAAGAAGACCUCGAGCGGUUCGAGGAGUCUGUCAAAACCUCUACCAUUGCUGAACAGUCGGUCGAUAUCAACAAAACUGACGUGCCCGGUUACGAGAGACUCGAGGUUCAUGGCACUGAGGGCCAAACAGUCAUGGUCAAAAGCCCUGUGGGGGUUAUUGAGGCAUACCAAUGGUCCAACGGUCAGUGGAAUAAAAUUGGUGAUGUGGUGGGCUCGUCUGCUUCUUCAGACAAAAAGGUCCACAACGGUAAAGAGUACGAUUAUGUGUUUGAUGUGGACUUCGAAGACGGCAAGCCCCCUUUGAAGUUGCCAUACAAUGCGGGUGACAAUACAUAUACCGUUGCCAAUCAAUUUUUGGCUGAUAAUGAAUUACCUGCUAGUUACGUUCAAGAUGUGGUUGCCUUUUUAGAAAAAAACACUCAAGGAGUUAGUUUGACAGAAACGUCCGACUCGGUCGAGACAAAGGCACAAGUGUCCCUCUCUGUUCUUCCAGUGACUCAGUAUAUCCAGUUCAAGGACAUUAACAGCUCUCAGUUGAACAGAGGAUUGACCAAGUUCAAUGACCUGCAAACUCAUAAGCUUUCAUCCAUUCCCACAAACUUUGACGUUUCCAGCUCCGAGGCAGCCGAUAUGAUCACAAACUUGGUUCCUCAGGUAUUUGAGUGGGAUGAGUCGUCGUAUCUUGUUGGGUUUGACUUGUUGAGACUGUUGAUUGGCAAAUUGGGCAUUAGUGAUAUCUUGAAGAACGAAAACCUACCCGAACUAGUGCAGUCUUUCAUUGAAAAAGGUGCAGCAAGUGAAAACCCCAGUGUUCUCAUGAUGUUUGGAAGGUUUUUGAACAACUUGGUGGAUUCGGUGUUGUUCAUGCAAAUCUACGCCGACUCUGAAGGUGAUAAUGUCACGUUCAGCAGUGCACUCUUCCAACUCCUCGAUACAUUGACACAAAAGAAAGUCGACCAGCACCAUAAGCACUACAACCAGUGUAUCACCGGCUUUUCGACAUUAAUCUACAAUUUGUCUGCUGUUCAAGUCAAACAAAAAGUCGGAUCGGGUGACCUUGCAAAAUACAUUAAUGAUACAAACAUUGAAGAAGCUAAUUACAGGUUGCUCAUAGCUUUAGGAAACUUGAAGUAUAUAAAGGCAGUCGCUACACCCUUACCAUCAUGGGCUCACAAGCAUUCGGAACCGCGGUUCAUCUCGUUGUUUAACGACAUAAAUAGCUUAUAG